AGUAAACGGCACUUGUUGUUGAACGACUAAAACAUGACGAAUUCUCUAUCAAACUCGACUAUUAUUCUUGGACUUGUCUGCUGUACGCUUCUCUACGUUCCAACUUUAUCGAAAUGGUGCGAGGAUGGAGAAGCUGAUAUGAUGAUUAUUGUCGAUGCCUCUAUAAAUGGUACAAGUUUCCAAAAGCAGAUUGAUCUUUUUAAAUCAGUUGUUCAGCAUUUACCGUUAAUUUCAUCAUCUUAUAAGGAAUGGGGACGAAUUCGGAUUGGUCUAGUCAGCUACUCGUGCUUUUCCAACGCUAUUUUACGUUCUAGACAGGGAACGGACAGUAAGACAUUAAUAUUGGCUUUGGAUAGGAUAAAGGGUGAAACCUCAAUUGACAACGAUUGCGCGGUAAACGUACAGCAUAGCAUCGUUAACACAGCCCUCAAUGGAAUGGACUCGUCUAAAUUACGUAUGCUAGUUUUAACAGUAUUAGGGCCAGUGUUGUCGUCGGAGAAGAAUAAUUGGAUAUUAGGCGCAAAUUUAUUUUCAGCCAGAUCAGAAGGAGUAAGAAUAUUUGUUUUAAGUAACGAGACGACAAAGAAUUCUCUUAAAAGUUAUUCCUCUAAACCUCAUCGCCAUUACAUGUCAACGAUUGAUAAUUUUUCAAGUUUAAAAACGAUUUAUCACCUAUUAACGGUAGAAGUCAUAUUUACAUCGGACUUGAUAGAUAAACAUCACUUACAUAACAUUGAAAAGAUCAGUCAAAGAUUAUGUAAGACUCAAUGCAGAGCAAAAUAUAUAAAAGAUCAUCUAAAUUCAUAUUUGAAAUCAGAGAUUCGACCUUCUUCCGGACAAACUAUCAUCUUUUACAUUACAGAUCGUAUUAGUCAUAGCUUGAAAGAAAUUGGUAAAAUUGUAAAAAAGAGAUCAAAAGUAACGCUCGUAUGCGUUACGUUAAAAGCUCGCAUAAAAAGAAAAUUAAGACAUAUUUGUGGCGUUAAUCAUUUAUAUUUACCGAAUUUACGAGUUGGACAUUUUCAUAAACACUUAGAAAGAGAAAAAUGCUUGACGCAUUAUUAAUAUUAAGUAAGAAAUAAUAAGAAAAAACCGACAUUUUUUUGUUAUUAAUUCUCUUUUGUAUAUAUUGUAUAUAAAGAAAAUAAAUAACUGUUUAUAUAUAUUAAUAUGUUACUUUCAUUCACGUGUUAACGGGAGUGUCUUCAGCUAUUUGUAGCAGUGUAUCAAGUAUUUGCUGUUGUUUUUCCAUAUAUUUUACGUUUGCUUCAAUUGCGACUAGUAACAUAAAGAAUCGAUUCAAGGACUUUCUUGACCUGAAUUAAUUCGUAAUUCAUAAUCCGCUUAUCGUCGAGCAACAAACACUUACUCUUCAUCAACGUCUGGAUAGUAGUCGUCAAUAGUUUUUCGAAUUUUUUCCUCGUCGUCUUGUUCUCCAGCUGAUUAUUUUUGUAUCAAGCCGGGAUUUAGAUUUAUUGGAAAAAAAAAAGAGAAAAAGGAUUAAACGACUUCUAAUGUAAACUAGAGUUUACGUUGGAAAUCUGUAGACGAAUCGUCGUUGUAGUCUUUUACAUCUUCUGAAAGUGUUUCGUCCUUCUGCCAAACGCCUUUAGGUUCCUUACCAUUAUCUUUUGGACUAUAUAAUGAUAACUGAAAAUUGUCAACAAGUACAGCCACGAAAAGA